GUCAUUGGAUGAACUCGAACGAGCAUCAACGUUAGAGACUCUGUGUGUUGUAUUCGCAGCGGAAGAACCAUGGAAAGUCUAAACGUAUGGAUCACCGGAGUUUACGAGGCUGGACCGGUCAUAGGUGGUCUAGCCGCGCUCGGAUCUUUGGUUGCAAUUUCUCUGGGAGCUCAGACGCUAUCGUUUGUAUACAAAUCUUUCAUUCGUCCAGGCAAAGAUUUAAAAAAGCUGGGAAAAUGGGCCGUGAUUACUGGUGCAACGGAUGGAAUCGGAAAGGCUUACGCGAUGGCUUUGGCGAAGAAAGGAAUGAAUAUCGUUUUAGUCAGUCGUACAGAAGCCAAGUUAAUGGACGUGAAAUCCGAAAUACAGGGAAAAUACAAUGGAAUCGAAGUGCAACAUGUUGUCUGUGAUUAUUCUAAUUUUGACAAGGCCGCACAAGACAAGGUCCAGAAGAGUCUCGAAGGUCUCGAAAUCGGGAUUCUUAUCAACAACGUUGGUGUUAGUUACCGCUACCCUCAAUUCUUCCACGAGCUCACUGAUGACGAAGUUAGAGCCCUAUUGAUGAUGAAUAUUGAUUCUACUGUUUGGAUGACGCGAAUUGUGUUGCCUGGCAUGUUGGACCGCAAGAAGGGUGCUAUCAUCAAUAUUUCAUCGGGAUCAGCACUCUACACUCUCCCGUUGCUUGCGGAAUAUUCAGGAGCUAAGAGUUUUAUCGAGAAGUUCUCCCGUGCUCUCAACGCAGAAUAUAGUGCCAAAGGAGUCACUUGCCAGUGCCAAGUUCCCUUUUACGUUGCGACGAAGCUCGCAAAGAUGCGAAAGAGCUUGACGGUCCCAACGCCAUCCGAGUUUGCCGCCAUGGGCGUGCGAUGGAUUGGAUACGCGGAUGCCCUGGUUCAACCUUUUUGGUUGCAUGGCCUUCAGGCCUGGGUCAUGUUCCAGCUUCCGGAAGUGGUCAUCGCGAAAGGUAUCAUGGCCAUGCACUUGGCAAUUCGCAAGAAAGGGCUGAAGAAAGAUGCAAAGAUAGCUGAAGACGCCAUGAACAAGACAAAAUAAAACGACAGUUCCAAUCGAUGAGACUGUUUGCCAGAGGGGUAGUUCGCUAAGGAAAUCUUUUUACCAAAUAAACGAAUAAAUGAGGAUCAUUUACAGUCACGACCAAACAGGCAACCGAUUUGAACCAAAAGCUUUCAAUAAUACAAAUAAGCAUUGCAUCUUACAACCU